AGCGCAUGGAACCACCACCGUUUCGCGCAUGUCUGAAAAAUACAAGAAAAUGGCCGGUUACUUGAAUCUGGAUUCAACAGAACAGCAUUCAAUAAAGGAUUUCACAGAAUCUAAGGAAGAAAACACUGCCCAAAAAAAUCUUGAAGUUAUCAUCACCGAUCCCGAGUUAGCUCGUUUUAUUAACCUCGAAAUCCAUAAUAGCAAUGCUGAAGACGGAACUUGUUUUAACGAUGCAUUCAUUACUUUAAAAUCAACGCAUGAUUUGAGGAGGAAGAGAGCUGGUUUUAUCACUGGGCGUCCAAAAUGCCAAGUGGUUGAAAUGAAGAACAUUCUAGAUACGAACAUUCUCGAUGUGUUCCUGGCAGGAGGAGUAAAUGCCAUCGAAAAAUACGCCGAACCAGUUUGUCAAUCUUUCUUGGUGUUGUUGAAUUUUCUGAAGGAUAUGAAAAAUCAUGAAAGUGCCAUUGGGAAAAUUCUAGACGCCAUUCCAAAAAAUGCCACGAAGGAGACACGGAUUACGGCUGGAUUGGCACAUCACCUGUUUUCCCAAUUGGUACCAAAUAAAAUGUAUGAGGUUGACAAGUAUGCAAAGCAGCUUCCAAAAACAUGUGCCUGUGGCUGCAAUGAAGACAUUUGUAGAGGAGACACUUCAUUAGGAUCAAGAAGAACAUGGCAUGGCCAAGUUGAUGUCAUGGUAAAUCAUACAAUUGCAGUGGUGAUUCAGAACAUUAAAACAAAUGUUGAUGAUGAUGAUAGUGGUGAUGAUGAGGAAGACACAGAUGCAAAUGAACCUGCAAGGAAGCAAAGAAAGCUAGAAACAGACAAAAGUUGUGACAUGUGUGUCGAAAUUAAAGGCAACAGAAGAUAUGAAAGUGUUCUUCUGGAUGUGAAAGUCUUGAAUCAAAUCUUAGCUGAAGCUAUAACAAAUGGGUUUGCUCAAGUUAACAAAAACAACAAUACAUUAUCACAUUUCUUAAUUCCAACGUUUGGUGUCACAUCUGAUCAUGUGACUGUUUGUCUGUAUGACCCUGAAAAUGACUGUUUAUUGCACAUCGAUGAUGAACUUGAACUGUGGCUUGACAAGGGUACCCGUCGCAAUCUAGACCCGGAAACCAUAGUUAUUAUUUGGCUUUUCUUGAAUUUCACUGUUCUUACCAAGAAAAAUUUGGCUACAACAAAGCUUCAUAAAUCAGGAUUUCAGGAAAGUUUAAAGGAAAAUCUUAUGUAUUACAGAGAGACAAAAGCAAAGGAAAAAAUUGCUCCACAAACAAUUGAGGCAAGACCAUGGAAAAAAAUUACAAAAGAAUUUGUACACCCUUAAACUUAAUCAUAAACAUUGUGUUUGAUAUUGACUUUCAACUUGUCGUAUGUAUAUUGGAAAUGUAUCUAAAUUGAUAAUGAACUGACUAUUUAUUUCUUCACAUUCAUCAUUCAGUGUUAAAUGAAACUCAAGCAUUUAAGAUUCAUUGUUUUACAUUUAUGUGAUGCUGAUGUACCAUUUACUUAAAUAUUGAUUAAAAUGUUAAUUAUCUUAUUAA